CACAUGACACGUUUUCUCUCAAGAUGGCGGAUAAUCUCCCUUCGGAGUUUGACGUGAUCGUAAUAGGGACGGGUUUGCCUGAAUCCAUCACUGCAGCUGCAUGUUCAAGAAGUGGCCAGAGGGUUCUGCAUGUUGAUUCAAGAAGCUACUAUGGAGGAAACUGGGCCAGUUUUAGCUUUUCAGGACUAUUGUCCUGGCUAAAGGAAUACCAGGAAAACAGUGACAUUGUGAAUGAAAACCCAGCAUGGCAAGAGCACAUUCUUGAAAAUGAAGAAGGUAUUGCUCUUAGCAGGAAGGACAAAACCAUUCAACAUGUGGAAGUAUUUUGUUAUGCCAGUCAGGAUUUGCAUGAAGAUGUUGAAGAAACCGGUGCACUGCAGAAAAAUCAUGCUUCUGUGACAUCUGUGAACCCCACAGAAGGGGAACAUUCUGCCUAUCUGCCUUCGGAAGAUGAGUCGUCGUGCACUGUGAGUUGUCAAAUGCCCACAGAACAAACUCCAAACAGUGAUCUAGAGAGUUCCCUAGAAAUAUAUGAUGUUGAAGCAACAGGGGAAGAAGGAAAGCGUUGUGAUGAUAAAACUUGUGUGAAGUCAGCUUCAGAAGAAGAAACAAGUGAAAAUGUGCUUACCACAGAAGACACCACACUGCAACCAAAGAAAAAUAGGAUUACUUACUCACAAAUUAUUAAAGAAGGCAGGAGAUUUAAUAUUGAUUUAGUAUCAAAGCUGCUGUAUUCUCGAGGAUUACUAAUUGAUCUUUUAAUCAAAUCUAAUGUAAGUCGAUAUGCAGAGUUCAAAAAUAUUACCAGGAUUCUUGCAUUUCGAGAAGGAAGAGUGGAACAGGUUCCUUGUUCUAGAGCAGAUGUCUUUAAUAGCAAACAACUUACUAUGGUAGAAAAGCGAAUGCUAAUGAAGUUUCUUACAUUUUGUAUGGAGUAUGAAGAACAUCCUGAUGAAUAUAAAGCCUAUGAGGAGAUUACAUUUUCUGAGUAUUUAAAAACUCAAAAAUUAACCCCCAACCUCCAGUACUUUGUCCUGCAUUCAAUUGCAAUGACAUCAGAGACAGCCAGCAAUACCAUAGAUGGUCUCAAAGCUACCAAAAACUUUCUUCACUGUCUUGGGCGGUAUGGCAACACUCCAUUUUUAUUUCCUUUAUAUGGUCAAGGAGAACUUCCUCAGUGUUUCUGCAGGAUGUGUGCUGUGUUUGGUGGAAUCUAUUGUCUUCGCCAUUCAGUCCAGUGCCUUGUUGUGGACAAAGAAUCCAGAAAAUGUAAAGCAGUCAUAGAUCAGUUUGGUCAGAGAAUAAUUUCUAAGCAUUUCCUUGUGGAGGACAGUUACUUUUCUGAGAACACAUGCUCACAUGUACAAUACCGGCAAAUCUCCAGGUCAGUCCUGAUUACAGAUAGAUCUGUACUAAAAGCGGAUUCAGAUCAACAGAUUUCCAUUUUGACAGUGCCAGCAAUGGAGACAGGAACUUUUGCUGUUCGGGUCAUUGAGUUAUGUUCCUCAACAAUGACAUGCAUGAAAGGCACAUGUGAGCACAGUAGAAUCUGGUUGUCUUAUGUGUUUGUUUUGGCAGUAAAGGGGGACAGCCAUUGAUAAAGUUCUCUGGGUUCUGUUUAUAGUUUUGCAAUAUAUAUAUAUGUGUAUAGGCAAUGUAUAUAUAUGUAUAUGGGCAAUAUAUAUACAUGUAUACACAUGUAUAUAUAAAUAUACAUCCAAGUUAGUUAGCAUAUAGUGCAAUAAUGAUUUCAGGAGUAGAAUCCAGCGAUUCAUCCCCUACAUACAACACCCAGCGCUUAACCC